AUGGGCGAACUCUCUCAACCCCCCAAUGGCCAUGUCAAAAGCAGCAUCUCGUGGCAAACAGCUCAUCUGAAAACUCGACCAAAGCACUUUUCAACAGAUAUUCUCAUCGCAGGCGGUGGCUUGGGUGGUGUCGCAGCAGCACUCGGAGCUCUCCGUCGAGGCCGUCAUGUCUUUCUCACUGAAGAAUAUGACUGGCUAGGCGGCCAAUUGACAAGCCAAGCUGUGCCUCCUGAUGAGCAUACCUGGGUUGAGCAAUUCGGUGUCACGCGGUCGUAUCGAGCACUUCGUGAUGGCAUAAGACAAUAUUAUCGCGAUCAUUAUCCGUUAACGGAGGAGGCAAGACGAAGGGCGCAGUUGAAUCCUGGGGCGGGACAUGUCAGCAAGCUUUGUCAUGAGCCGAGAGUUGCAGUGGCUGUUAUCGAAGCCAUGCUUAUGCCGUUUAUCGGCAGUGGACUUCUCACAGUUAGAAAACGUGUCAAGACUGUUUCUUGUGACAUGGUUGGACAGGUUGUGAGAUCCGUCGAGUUUCGAAAGCUGGAUGGUGGAGGGACUUUCACUGUUGAAGCAAAGUACGUCGUUGAUGCUACUGAGCUGGGAGAUUUGCUACCCAUCACCAAAACACCGUAUGUGACGGGUUUUGAGUCUCGAAAGGAUACAGGAGAGCCUAGUGCGCCGGAGGAAGCGCAACCCCAGAACUCUCAAGCUGUAUCGAUUUGUUUCGCCGUAGACCAUAUCGAGGGCGAAGACCAUACAAUUCCCAAACCUGAGAGAUACGAUCACUGGAGGAGCUGCCAUCCCGAUUUCUGGGGUGCGCCGUUGCUUGGUCUCAAGGCGCCGCAUCCCCGAACGCUCGAGAUAGUCGAGCGGGAGUUCACACCAAACCCCAACGACGAUCCAGCUUCCGUGAUCUCAGACCAGAGAAAGUCAGGAGGAGACAUGAAUCUCUGGACAUUUCGACGCAUCGCAGCAAAAGACAACUUCAUCCCUGGAGCAUAUCGAUCAGAUAUCUGCCUUGUCAACUGGCCCAUGAUCGACUACUUCGAAAAGCCCAUCAUUGAUGUCUCAGAGGAUGAGCUGCAAGAGCGUCUUGCAGAAGCUGCAUCUUUGUCGUACAGUAUGCUUUACUACCUCCAAACGGAUUGCUCCCGAGCCGAUGGAAAGGGCACAGGAUAUCCUGGCCUUCGAUUGAGGGGUGAUAUAACCGGUACAGAACACGGUCUUGCAAUGGCCCCCUACAUCCGCGAAUCUCGACGCAUCAAAGCCGUAACCACAAUCGUGGAACAAGAUCUCUCCCUCGAUGUUCGCGGUUCAAAAGGUGCAGUACACUAUCCCGAUAGUGUUGGCGUCGGAAUGUAUCGAAUCGAUCUCCAUCCAUCCACCGGCGGUGAUAACUACAUCGACGUAGCCUGCUGUCCAUUCGAGAUCCCGCUUGGUGCUUUGAUACCAGUUGAGAGACCGAACUUACUCGCGGCGUCGAAGAAUAUCGGGACUACGCAUAUUACAAAUGGAUGUUACAGGUUACACCCUGUUGAGUGGAACAUUGGCGAGGCGGCGGGGUUGUUGGCAGCGUACUGUCUGGAUAAGGAGUUGUCACCGCAUGAAGUGCAGGGCAAGAAGGAGUUGUUUCAAGAGUUUCAGGAUAUGAUCAUCAAAGAGGGUCUUGAGACAGAGUGGCCUGAUGUAUCUGGAUACUGA